AUGAACCUUUAUACUGGUAAAUUUUCCAUAGCUAUUUUUAACGUUAUUUUUGGUUUAUUAAAACCAUUUUUACCCUCAAUUCGUUAUUGGAGAGGCCCAAAACAUUCACAUAGCAAAGUUAAGCAACUCAAAUCUGUAUCUAAAUGUAAACUGUUAUCACACAGAGAAAAUCUUUUAAUGACACUUAUGCGGUUGUGCUUAGGUUUAUUAAAUGAAGAUAUGGCUGAUCGUUUUGGUAUUUCAAAAUCUUUGUGUUCUAAUACUUUUGCAACUUUUAUUAGAAUUAUUGCUAAUAUUCUUGGACAAGCUAUUAUUGUUUGGCUGCCAAGUGAAGUCAUAAAAAAAAACUUGCCACAGUCUUUUGUGAAAGCAAAGCAUCACAAGUGUAGAGUGAUUCUUGAUUGUUUUGAAAUAUUUAUUGAACUUCCAAAGUCCCUUUACAACCAAGCAGUGACUUGGUCUGAUUAUAAGCAUCACAACACUGUGAAAGUAUUAAUUGGUAUAACACUAAAUGGAUACAUAACGUUUCUAUCCAAAUGUUACGGUGGCAGAGCAUCAGAUAAAUUUAUUACAAGUGACAGUGGUUUUUAUGAUCUGUUGGAAAGAGACGAUGAGGUGAUGGCAGACAGAGGAUUUCAAAUAAGAGAAGAACUAUUAUUUUUUUAUUGCAGCUUAUCAGUCCCACCAGGUGCAAGAGUAAAAAGUCAAAUGACUGCAAGUGAAUGUAAGAAGACUACUGAUGUUGCUAACUUAAGAAUUCACAUAGAAAGGGCUGUAAACAGAAUAAAAACCUUUCGAAUCUUAAAAAAUGUAUUACCUAUUUCAAUGCUUCAUCAUAUGGAUGAUAUGAUUUUAUCGUGUGCAGCUUUGUGCAAUUUAAAUCCUGCUUUAAUAAAAAAAAUUGUUUAA